AUGCCGGCGGCGUGGGGCGUCGAGGAGUACAAGGACAUUGAGAGUUCGAACUUCUACGCCGAGGCGUGCGCAUCGGGCGACGAGGACAAGAUGGCCAAGACGAUGCACGGCCUGCGCAUCAUGGCGCGGGACCACGCGCGGAUCCCCUUCCAGUGGGACGACUCGCCCAACGCCGGGUUCACGUCUGCUGACGCGAAGCCCUGGAUGAGGGUGCAUGACGAGUACAAGAAGAUCAACGCCGCGCAGCAGAUGGCCGAUCCCAACUCAAUUCUCUCGUUCUACCGGCAGAUGCUGAGGCUACGAAAGCAUUACAAGGACGUGUUUGUGUUUGGGUCGCACAAGCUGCUCGAGCCCGAGGAUGAGAAGGUGUGGAAGUACGUCAAGCAGAGCCCGUAUACCGAGCAGUGCCGGCGCGUGCUGGUCGUCAUGAACUUUUCCAGAGAGGAGAGACCAGUGGGCGAUGUGGCUGCUGCUCUCGAGUGCGAGAAGGGAGACGUGCGGCUUCUUGUUGGCACGGCUGGCGUGGAGGAGAGCUCGGUCGACAAGAGCGGCUGGCCAGCACUGGGUGUGUGGGAGUCAAGGAUAUACACAAACUUUAAGCUGUGA